CUUUUUUUCAAUUAGUAUAAAAGAUCUCUCAAAAUUGCCACUUUAAAAAUCUUUGGAAAAUCAAAUUCCAAAUUUGAACAAUGCUGCUAUUCUCUGUCACAAGACCUAUCAAUCCCCCAUCCCACCCUUUCCUCUCCUUCUCCCACUCAAUUUCCCUCUCUCUUCCUCUCCCUAUCCUCCCAGUCCCAGGUCCUUCCAAAUGCCCCAACUUCCCUUCCUUCCAAAUCAACUGCAUCGACGCAGCUCAACCUUUUGACUACGAAUCCCACCUCAAAAACCGUUACAUCCAAUCAACUUCCCUCAAGAUAGCCAUAGUAGGCUUCGGCAACUUCGGCCAGUUUCUCUCCAAGACCUUCCGUCGUCACCACCACACUCUCCUCGCUCACUCAAGAACAGAUUACACCGACGUCGCUAACCAACUCGGAGUCUCCUUCUACUCCGACCCAAACGACCUUUUCGAGCAACACCCUGACGUCGUCCUUCUCUCCACUUCCAUCCUUUCAACUGAAACUCUACUUCAACAACUACCCUUUCAAAGACUGCGUCGAAACACUCUUUUCGUUGACGUACUUUCGGUUAAAGAGUUCCCCAGAAACCUUUUCUUAAAGUACUUACCUUCAGACUUCGAUAUCUUAUGUACCCAUCCCAUGUUCGGACCUGAAAGUGGUAAAAACACCUGGGCGGGGCUUCCUUUUGUUUACGACAAAGUGAGGAUUGGAAAUGAAGAGAGUAGGGUAAAGAGAUGUGAGAAGUUCUUGCGUAUUUUUGAAAAAGAAGGGUGUAGAAUGGUGGAGAUGAGUUGCAUGGAGCAUGAUAAGUACGCGGCAGGGUCUCAGUUCGUGACUCAUACGAUGGGGAGAGUGUUGGAGAAGUUUGGGUUGGAGUCUUCGCCUAUUAAUACCAAAGGAUAUGAGACGUUGUUGAAUUUGGUGGAGAAUACUAAAGGGGAUAGCUUUGAUUUGUAUUAUGGGUUGUUUAUGUAUAACCAGAAUGCUAUGGAGCAAUUGGAAAGAUUGGAUAUGGCAUUUGAGUCAAUCAAGAAGUUGUUGUUUGGGAGGCUACAUCAGGUUUAUGGGAAGCAGUUGUUUGGGGAUAAACAGAAGGAGAGAGAUAGAAGGUUGGCUCAGAAGUUGCUUGGCAAUGGAAGUCUAAUUGAACCUCCUUUGGAUAAUGUUAGACAAGAUGGAUCUUAAAAAAGGAGUAAAAAACAGAGUUGUUCUGUUUCCUAUAUUUGUCAAGAUGUUAGCUUUGUAUUCUUUUUUUCUUUUAAUUGUUAAUGGAAUUAGCUUAGUUAUUAUUGCUGCUUAAACCUUGACUAAAUGACUGAGUUUGACUUUUGGUGAAGAAGUUGCUAACUCAGCAAACAAAUGGGGGCUUGUUUUCUGUUAAUUGUUUAUUGUUUCCUUAAAAGG